AUGUCAUCAUUCAUUUUUUUGCUGUUGUGGACGGUUGUUCAAUGCCUGUGCGCUGCGACUGCUCCCUCACCAUCGUACACUACUUUCCAAGACCAGAGUUCACCACCGUCUCCGACUCUGAAUGCCCGAAAUUCCCCAAUCUGCGUAAGGGUCGCCCAAAAUCCGGAUUGGGCUGGUGCGAUCGAUGCGAAGCAUUGUGCUGACGCAAUUGGACGGCUCUGGGAUCGAACGUUGCCUCAGCCAAAUUCAUCUCAGAUGCUCCACCCGGCCCGUCAUGGGAAGUCCCCCAAGGAUCAGAGUACGGUGAGUUCUAUGAUAUCUUUUGGAAAACCACGUCCGUCUAGCAACGAGCGUGACGGUGUGUAG